AUGGCCAAACAAUCCACCCUCUUCUCUUCCUUCGCCUCCGACGAAAACACCCCUCCUCGUCCUCGCGGCAAGUCUAAGCCGAAACCCACCAUGUUCUCCGACGACGACGAUUCUUUAGUCAUCUCCGACGAUCACUCCGAGUCGGAUUUCGCCCUGAGUGACGAUGAACCCAAGAAGAAACCCGCCAAGGCUGCCGCCAAGCCCAAGGCUGCUCCCAAGUCCAAGGCCAAACCCCUCCAGGAGGUUGCCAACGACAAUGCGCCAGUGCCCUCUCCCAAAGGCACCCCCAAGGGCAAAAAGGGCUCCGCCUCCGAGCAGUACCAGAAGCUCACCCAGCUGGAACAUAUUCUCAAGCGUCCAGACACGUACAUUGGCUCGGUGGAAGCUACGGCCUCCCCCAUGUGGGUGUGGAACCAGACAACGUCCGCCCUCGAACACAAGAUGGUCACCAUCGUGCCCGGUCUGUACAAGAUCUUUGACGAGAUUCUGGUCAACGCCGCCGACAACAAGAUCCGAGACCCGAAAAUGGACAGUCUUGAAGUCACAAUCGAUGCCGACAAGAACGAAAUCUCGGUCAUGAACAACGGUAAGGGUAUUCCCGUUGAGAUCCACGACAAGGAGAAGAUUUACAUUCCCGAACUGAUUUUCGGCAACCUUUUGACUUCCUCAAACUACAACGACAAUGAGAAAAAGGUGGUUGGUGGCCGAAACGGUUUUGGUGCCAAGUUGUGUAACAUCUUCUCGACCGAGUUCAAGCUGGAGACGGCCGACCAGAAGAACGGCAAGAUUUACACCCAGACUUGGUCCAACAACAUGUCCAAAGUGGACAAGCCGAAGAUCAAGGAGCUUAAAACCAAGAAGGAGUACACCAAGGUCACCUUCAAGCCAGAUCUCAAGCUGUUCAAUAUGACCGAGUUGGACGCUGACACGGUGGGCGUGUUGAUGCGACGUGUCUACGACAUUGCCGGUACCACCCACGGUGUCAAGGUGAAGCUCAAUGGCACUAGACUGGCUUUGAAGGAUUUCAAGGCGUACGUCGACUUAUAUUUGAAGAGUCUGGUGGCCGACGAGGACAAUGAGGUUGUGCAAAAGUCGAAAAUCGUGCAUGAAAUUGUCAAUGAUCGGUGGGAAGUCGCGUUCGCGGUCUCCGACGGCACGUACCAGAACGUGUCCUUCGUCAACUCGAUCGCCACCACCUCUGGAGGCACACACGUCAACUACAUUGCCGACCAGCUGGUAGCCAAGCUUACCGCCACCGCCAAAAAGAAGCUCAAGGACGCGCAGGUUAAGCCCGCCCAGCUCAAGGCCAACAUGUUCAUUUUCAUCAACUGUCUGAUUGAGAACCCGGCCUUCACUUCACAGACCAAGGAGCAGAUGACCACAAAGGUGUCUGCCUUUGGCUCUAAGUGCGAGCUGUCCGACAAGUUUAUCAAGCAGGUGACCAACAACACCGACAUUAUGGAGCGGGUGCUGAGCAUUGCCGGCCGGAACGCAGAUGCAGCUCUCAAGAAGACUGACGGAUCCUCCAAGAAGAAGCGAAUCACCACGUUGGUGAAGCUGGAAGACGCCCAGCUCGCUGGAACUAAGCGUGGCCAUGAGUGCACGCUCAUUCUCACUGAGGGAGACUCCGCCAUGACCAUGGCGAACGCUGGACUGUCUGUGAUUGGUCGAGAACGAUAUGGCGCCUUUCCUCUGCGUGGUAAGAUGCUCAACGUGCGAGAGGCGUCCACGGACCAGAUCAUGAAGAACGCCGAGAUCCAGGCUAUCAAGGAGAUCAUCGGUCUGCAGCACAAGAAGCACUACACGAGCUGCAAGGACCUGCGAUACGGGCAUCUGAUGAUCAUGACCGAUCAGGAUCAUGAUGGUUCCCACAUCAAGGGUCUGAUCAUCAACUUCUUGGAAACUAUGUUCCCUGGUCUGCUUCAGAUCCCCGGGUUCCUGCUCGAGUUCAUCACUCCGAUUGUUAAGGUGAUGGUGAUGCGGGGCAAGAAGGUGGUCAAGACAAUCCCCUUCUACAACAUGCCCGAGUACGAGGCGUGGAGGGACUUUGAAGGCCAGCAGUGCACGUGGACGAGCAAGUACUUCAAGGGUCUGGGUACCACGCCCACUGCAGACGCCACAGAGUAUUUCAAGGACCUGGAUCGUCACAUGAAGCAGUUCCACGCGGUGACUGCGGAGGAUCGGCCGUUCAUCGAGCUGGCGUUUUCCAAGAAGAAGGCCGAUGACCGAAAGGAGUGGUUGCGCAAGUACAAGCCGGGUACUCACCUUGAUCCAAAGUUGACGCACAUUCCCGUGUCGGAUUUCAUCAACAAGGAGCUGAUUCUCUUCUCUAUGGCCGAUAACAUGCGUUCCAUUGCUUCUGUUUGUGAUGGAUUCAAGCCUGGACAACGUAAAGUUCUGUUUGGUUCGUUCAAGCGAAAGUUCACCGUGUCCAUCCGAGUGGCGCAGCUCGUGGGAUAUAUUUCCGAACACACCGGGUACCAUCAUGGUGAGGCUUCUUUGGGAAGCACUAUCAUGGCCAUGGCCCAGGAUUUUGCCGGUAGCAACAAUAUCUACCUGAUGAAGCCCGAUGGAGGAUUUGGAUCGCGAUCUCAGGGAGGUAAGGAUGCCGCCGCGAUGCGAUACGCCCAGACGGAGUUGAUGGACAUCACCAAGGCGAUUUUCAACAAGCAGGAUGAGCCGCUGUACAACUACGUCACUGACGACGAUACUCCGGUCGAGCCAGAGUAUUAUCUUCCUGUUCUGCCAAUGUUGCUUGUGAACGGCUGUGAAGGAAUUGGUUCUGGAUGGUCCACCAGUAUUCCUCCUUACAACCCACUUGACAUUGUCGACAAUUUGAGACGCAUGUUGAAGGAUGAACCUCCCGUACCCAUGAUCCCCUGGUUCCGAGGAUGGCAUGGCGAGGUGGAGCCUGUGGGAGACGGCCGGUACAAGGUCAAGGGUUUGAUUGAGCAGGUUGACGAGCGCACGCUCUGUAUCACAGAGUUGCCUGCUCGAAUGUGGACCAUUUCCAUGAAGGAGUUUUUGCUGAGUUCGCUGAUUGACUCCAAGAACGAAAAGGGCUGGAUUGAGGAUUUUACUGAGGACCACGGUUUCCGAGUCAAGUUCAACAUUACAUUGUCGGAGAAGGAGAUGGAGAAGACACGUCAGAUUGGCCUGAGAGAGCGGUUUAAGCUGAUUUCGUCGCUAUCAACCUCUAACAUGGUGGCGUUCGACCCUGAGGGCCGGAUCAAAAAGUACGACUCCCCUGAGGCGAUCAUGAAGGAGUACUUUCCGGUGCGGCUGGAGUUUUACCAGAAACGAAAGGACCGGCUGGUUUCUGACUUUGAGCAGCAGCUCGAGAAGCUGACGGCCCAGGCGCGGUUCAUCAAGCUCAUCAUCGACAAGAAGCUCAACAUCAACAACAAGGGCCGAAAGGUGCUGAUUGCAGAGCUCUCUGAGCUCAAGUUCCCGCGGUACGGCAAGAACGGCGAGCGGCUCGCAUCUGACGCCAAAGCCGCCAUUGCCGAGGACGAGGAGGCGCCCUCGGAUGAGGUUGCUGAAGAUCUGGCCGAGGCCGAGGAAAUUCACGGCAAGAUCCCCACCAACGGAUACGACUAUCUUCUGGGCAUGGCGCUGUGGUCUCUGACCAAGGAGCGGUACGAGAAGCUGCUGCGGGAGCGGGACGGAAAGGAGGAGGAGCUGAUUGAGCUGCUGAAAAAGUCCGCCAAGGACAUCUGGAUGGACGACCUGGACGUGUUCAUGGAGGCUUAUGAGAAGUUUGAGGAGCAGGACGUGGAGAAGCAGCAGAAGCUGGACAACUAUACUGGUAAGAAGGGCGCCACGAAGCGGAAGCGGGCAGCCAAGAAGAAGGCUGGAGAUGACGACGAUGAGGAUUUUAUUGUUGGCAAGAAGGCCAAGACUGCUGCUAAGCCCAAGACGGCAGCGGCCAAGUCACGUGCCAAGUCGUCUUCAGCGUCGGUUGAGCCCGAGGUGGUGGAUUUGGAUGAUGUCAAGGUCAAGAAGGAGCCAGGAAUUUCCAAGACCAAGCCCCGUUUGUCCGACACCGCCACCUCUCCCAAGUUCAAGAAUACGUUUGGCUCACUUGGUUCCACUUCCAUCUUUGGCGACUCUCCCGUCAAGUCUUCUCCCACCAAGAUCAACCGUCUGGGAGCUGCCGGUGGCAGGCUUCAAUUUGGAUCCGGCAAGCUCGAUUCUGAGUUUGAGAUACCCAAGAAGAAGCGGGUGUCGCUGUUUGGAUCGCUGUCUGACGAUGAUGACGAUUUGGACAUGGGAGGGUCCAUUGAGGAGGUGCAGGAUGUGGCCAAACCGGUCAAGAAGGCCGCCCCCAAGAAGGCUGCUCCCAGAGCUGCUCCUAAGGCCGCUCCCAAGAAGACUGCCCCCAAGAAGAAGUCCAUUUUUGACGACUCGGAUGAAGACAUGAAUUUGUCAGACGAUGAGGUGGCCGAGGUGGCGUCUUCCGCGUCGUCUAGAGCGUCGUCUAGAGCGUCGUCGGCUCGACCUCGACGUGCCGCCGCCCCCAAGAAGUCUGUGUACGUCGAUUCGGAUGAUUCGGACCUGGAUAUUGUCGAUGAUGAAGAAGAUGUGUCCAUGUUCAAUGAUGAUGAUGAGUAA